AUGGUUGCUGAUAUGAUGUCACAGUUUCAAGCAGUGGCAUUGUUUUUUUACUGCUCGCCUGUCAGAACUCAUGUCCUGAAAGGUGUCAUAGAGGCUGUGUCACCUGAGAUUGUCCAUUCAGUAGUUUUGAAUAUUUGUCGUACAAGAUGGGUAGCCAGGCUGGAUGGACUUGACUCUUUCUGUGAUUUAUUACCAUCUGUCAUGCUCACUUUGGAGAAAAUCACAGAAAAUAGAGACAAAUCCUUCAGUCGUAGUAACGUGGAUGAUGCAAGACCACCUUCUAGGCAUAGUUCAAGUAUUGAGUCUGAUCUUGUUAAAACAUCAAGUAACGUGCUUUUGUUGAAACGAACACUGCAAGUGAUCAGAUCAGAUAUUGACACCCAUUUUAAUAAGUGGUAUGAAAAAGUUCUAUCUUCAGCUACUGAGCUUGAUGUUGUGGAAUCAAUGAAACGUCGAUGCAGCAUCCAGUUGUAUCGAGAGAACUAUGUUGCCAAUGGAGUGAAAAAGUACUACAAAUUGGCUGUUGCUAUUCCCUUCAUCGAUCAUAUAUUGCAAGAACUGGACACUAGAUUUUCUAUUGACAAUCUCAGUGUCUACUCUGGUUUCAGCAUCAUGCCAACUACCAUUCUUUCAGAUGAGGGUCGUGUUCUUUUGGGAGACCAACCAACAUGGAAAGUUGAAUUUUCUAAAUUUAUUCAGAGAUAUCGUGAUGAUAUUCCUGCUCUGAGUAACUUGUACGCACAGUUAGAUAUGUGGAAAGUUAAGUGGAGAACAUUCACCGGAGUGUUACCUACCACAUUGCAAGGUCUGUUAAAACACACUGACAAACUUUUAUUUCCAUCGAUACAUGAAGCGAUACGAAUUCUAGCUACUAUACCUGUCACUACUUGCACCUGUGAGAGGAGUAUUUCAGGUUUACGUCGUGUGAAGACAUGGAUGAGGAAUACAAUGACAAAGGAAAGAUUGAACAGUCUUAGUGUUAUAAUGUUCAAUCGAGAUGUGACUGUUGAUUUAGAUCAAGUUGUAGAUGAAUUUGCAGCUGCUAACAAACGUAGAAUGACGUUUUCUAAUAUUUUUAGUGACUGA